UGCUCACGAACUCAGUUCUUUAUUUUAAAAUCAAGAAAUGAAGUUCCUCAUCGCGAUCGCGUUGCUAGCUUGCACAGUUUCUGGUCAUUAUGAUUGGGAACAUAUUCAACCCCGAAAUGUUGAUUAUCUUGUCCGAACUCCACCAAGAGGAAAAGUAAUUGAAGGACGAAUUACAAAUGGAGAACCAGCAGCAGAAAAACAAUUUCCCUAUCAAGUUGGAUUAAUGCUUUAUUUGAAUGCUGGUAGAGCUUGGUGUGGAGGAACAUUGAUUUCAAACCGUUGGAUAUUAACCGCAGCUCACUGUACCGAUGGUGUUAACGGUGUUGAUGUUUACUUGGGUGCUACAAACCGAACGGAUAUGACCGAAGUCGGCCAACAAAUCAUUUAUGUCAGCAAAAAAUACGUUCAUGUUCAUGAAAAAUGGGAUACAAGUCAAUUGGUCAAUGACAUUUCCGUUCUUAAACUUCCAGUUCCAAUUGAAUUUAAUGAUUAUAUUCAACCAGCUAAAUUGCCCAAAAUGGGAGAAUCUUCACUCUACAUUGGCGAAAAGACAAUCGCUUCUGGAUGGGGUAAAGAUAGUGAUUCUGCCAAAGGUGUAACUGACAUCUUGCGUUGGGUAGAAGUACCAAUUAUGGCUAACAAUGUUUGUAGCCGUUACUAUCAGGGCUCUGUGAAAGAUACAAAUAUUUGUAUUAGUACAAAGGGAAAGAAAUCUACAUGUAAUGGAGAUUCUGGUGGUCCUUUGGUUUUGAAUGAUGGCAGUAAUACAGUUAUUGGAGCUACCUCAUUUGGUAUUAUUUUCGGUUGUGAGGUAGAAUUCCCUGGAGUAUUUACCAGGGUAACAUCCUACUUGGAUUGGAUUAAGGAAAAAACUGGAAUUUCAAAUGAAUAAAUUAGCAGUGUUUGAGUCAAACUUAAA